AUGUUCUCGAGACAUGAGAAUCUACCAUCCUCGAAGACAACGAACUUCAACUUUCCCGAUGAAUGGACUGAGACAUCUUGGGGGUUUGACCUAGCCUUAAGACAAGUCUCGUUCACCAGGAACAUAUUCGAGACUAUUACUAUCAUUGGCAUGGAUCUGAAGACCAUGUACUCUAGAAGGACUAUCACCUUUCAAAUCCUUUCAAAUCCCAGUAUAUUUGAUCAUCUCCAGCUUCAUUUCUGGAGUGAUUAA